CCCCUCCCCCCCCAUUGCCCUCCACCCUCCUUCCGCUCGCCGGUCUGCCCGCGCGCUCUUCCUGCCCCUCCCCCGCUCGCCUCCCCGGCCAGAAGAUCCCUCGCCGUCAUGUCCUCCGAUAGCAGCGCCUCUGCUGGCACCCCGGUGCCGCCGAUGAUGACCAGCCAGAUGAACUCCGAGUCGGCCAUCCUCACCAUCCGCGUGAUCCGCUCCAUUACCUUCCGCAACUCGCGCAACCUCAUCCUGCGGAACAUCAACCUGAAGACCACCACCGGGCGGGACCUGCUGGAGAUGUCCCUCGCCGCGAUUGCCACUGAAAGUGCCUUCCGCCCCUUCCGGACGAUCACCUUCGACACCCUCAAGAUUUACCACACCGCCCACAUGAGCAAGAAGGGCGACCUCAUCAUCAACACCGGCAGCGAGCACCUCGUUCUGGACCCCCACAUGUCCCUUUGGGACAGCGGUGUCCGCAACGAGUCUGAGAUCUCCCUCUACAACAAGGCCAUGUACCUGGAGUACCUGGCGGACCCGCGCCAGCUCUGGGAGUGAACACGUGGCCUCAACGCGAUGAUGAGGUGCCGCCGCUCGACUCGGGCUUCUGCCCCGCGGCGCGGCGUGGGGGGGGGGGGAACGUGUUACCGCGACGCGGUCGUUCCGACGCUCUCCCUUCUCCCCGGACACAGGUAUCUCACCCUGGUCUCUCUCCCUAUCCCCUGCCCC